UUAUCGCUGUGCUCUUUUCCACAGGUUCAUUUCGUCCCCCAUUGGAUGAUGGAGCACACUGGAUUCGGGGUGGAGCAGCUGGAGGAGCCAAAAGGGAAGGAAAAAUGUAAGGCGUAAAGAAAAAAAAGGAAAAAGUUCCUCCCUGUGUCAGACUCAUGCUCCUCCAGCUUUCUUAGUUUCCCAAAUGCUCCGUGCUGCAGCGUGAGCUCUGUCCGCGUCACCGUGGCGAGCUGCGGCUUGAAGGACUUACAUACAAAAAAAAUAGAAAAAGAGAAAUAGGAAGGACAGAAAACCGAAAGAGAGCAGCCUAGAGGCUGAAGUUGUGACACGUUCUGCGGGGAAGAGUUUUGGAGAGGCAGGAUGCAGGCGCGCUACUCCGUCUCCAGUCCCAACUCUCUGGGAGUCGUUCCCUACAUCAGCAGUGACCAGAACUACUACAGACCCGGCAGCGGGUACACCGGGAUGCCCGCGCCCAUGAGCAUGUACUCACAUGCCGCCCACGAGCAGUACCAGGCCGGCAUGGCUCGCGCGUACGGACCGUACACCCCGCAGCACCAGCCGAAGGACAUGGUAAAGCCUCCUUACAGCUACAUCGCCCUCAUCACCAUGGCGAUCCAGAACUCCCCGGAGAAGAAGAUCACCCUGAACGGGAUUUAUCAGUUCAUAAUGGAGCGGUUCCCCUUCUAUCGGGACAACAAGCAGGGCUGGCAGAACAGCAUCCGGCACAACCUGUCCCUCAACGAGUGCUUUGUCAAAGUGCCCCGGGACGACAAGAAGCCCGGGAAGGGCAGCUACUGGACCCUGGACCCGGACUCCUACAAUAUGUUUGAGAACGGAAGCUUCCUGCGGCGCCGCAGGAGGUUCAAAAAGAAGGACGUGCAGAGGGAGAAGGAUGAGCGGGACAGGCAGGGGAAGGAUCCCUCUGCGCGGCCCGCAGGUCGGGAGCAGGACCCGCCGGUGCAGGGCGCUCAGCCGGUGCGCAUCCAGGACAUUAAGACUGAGAACGGAACGUCAUCGCCUCCGCAGGCCGCGUCACCCACCCUGGGCGCGGUGCCUAAAAUUGAAAGUCCGGACAGCAGCAGCAGCAGCAUGUCAACUGGCAGCCCGCACAGCGUCCCCUCCACCCGGUCUCUGAGCAUGGAGGCAGCCGAGCACCACCACCACAGCCACGGCCAGGCCCCGGCGCAGGGCUUCAGCGUGGACAACAUCAUCACCUCAUUGCGGGGCUCCCCGCAGGCCGAGCUCUCUCCGCCUCUCAUCGCCUCCUCUCGGACAGGUAUCACCCCGUCACUGUCGCUCAACUACUCCCCCAACCAGACCCCCGCAUACAGCUCCGCCACCUGCAACCAGAGCGCCAUCUCCUCCAGCUCCAACGCCACCUAUCACUGCAACAUGCAGGCCAUGAGCCUGUACGCCGGGGACCGCUCGUCCGGCGGGCCGCUGGCAACUUCCACCACGGUGGAGGAGGCUCUGCCCGACUAUUGCAUCACUACGACCACCGCGUCCCCCCUCGGCCAGGCGGGCCAGGAGGGCCACCACGGGCACCAGGGCCGGCUCGCGUCCUGGUACGGAGACCUGAGCCACCUGAGUCCGGCCUACCCGGCGCAGCAGCAGAACUUCCACGCUGUACGGGAGAUGUUCGAGUCCCAGCGGAUCGGGCUGAACGGCUCCCCGGUGAGCGGGAAUAACAGCUGUCAGAUGGCCUUCCCGUCCGGCCAGUCACUCUACCGCACCUCAGGAGCGUUUGUUUAUGACUGCAGCAAGUUCUGAAAGCCAAAACGUCCCCUUUAAAUUAAUAACUCGAGUAUAUAUUUGCUCUAUAUUUUUCUCUCUUUUUUUGGCUGUACUUUUACUCUCCGAGUGGACAUGAGAGAUUCUGAGAUUUUCCUUUCUUUUGUCGUGAGCUGUGUAACACCACCGCACGUAAGUUUCUUUCCCUCUCACUUUGAGAAUUGCUCCUACCACCUUUAUGAAUAGACUGUAAAUUAUAGCCUAAUAUAGUAAUUUAUUUUGGAGGAAAAGCAGGUGGUUGGAUGGUGAGGACCAAACUCUUUUCCAGUUUUCUUGCUGCCUUUAAAUCUGUCCCUGUUGUUGUAUAGAAAUUUACGGGGAAAGACUCUGUAGCCUCUACUGGCCUAUUUUAUUCAUUCUGUAAUUUGUUUUAAAAAAAAAAUUCUGAAGGCAUUGCAAGUUGUUUUGUUUAAUAAAGUGCCGAAUAUUUGAAUUUAAUUGGAGUGAUUUAUUAGCAUUAUGCUGUAGAAAAAGGCCGUAAAACACAUUCAAAGUAAAA